GCGUCUUUGCAGAACUCCUGCGCGGCUGUCGGCGCUAACCGUCUGCACUGGGCUCUUCAUCCCGGCUGUUGGCUUCACCAGGUGCUUCUUGACGGCCCCGAGCAUCGGCUCCCGGCGGAGCAUCGCCGCGAGCUCCGUGGCGAUGGCGGCGGCGCCGAGCGCAGCCCCGAGCCUCGGGCCGCUUCUGGACGCUGAGGGCAAGGAAGUCGACGGAAGCUCCCUUGAGGGAAAGUCGGUCGCGCUGUACUUCGCCGGCGAGUGGUGCCCCAUGUGUACUGCCUUCACACCUGUGCUAACGGAGUUCAUGAAGGACGUGGGUGACAAGGCUGUGGUGUUCGUGAGCUCUGACUUCACGAAAGAGGAGUACGAUCAGCACCGCUCACACCUGCCGAGCCAGUUCCUCUCGGUGCCGUUUGGCUCUGAGAUGCAGGACUCGCUCAAGCGGAAAUUCCACCUUUGGGGCGGCCGCGAAAUUCCGAAGUAUGGGGGCGACCGUCGGGGCGGAAUCCCAGCACUGGUGGUGAUCACUCCCGGAGGAGAGGAGCAGAAGUAUCUGGAUGCCGAAUCCAAGGGAGGGGCUGCACUGAAACACCGGCACCAUGAUCAGUGCCAUGGCCCCCACAUCAUCAUCAUCAUCAUCAUCAAUAUCAUCAACCCCUCUGUCGCUUUCACUAUAACCGUCACCAUAAGGAUCAUUGCCACCAUCCUGAGCGCCAUCAUCGUUACUAUUGCUAUUGCCAUCAUCAUCAUCAUCAUCAGCAUCAUCAUCAGCAUCAUCAUCGUCAUCACCAUCAGCAUCAUCGUCAUCAUCGUCACUGUCGUCGCCGUCGUCACCAUCGCCAUCGUCAUCCCUAUCCUAAUGCCUGUUCCUCCUCGUCCUAGUGGUGAUCGUCUCAUCUGGUAG